CUUUCGUUCGGCGUUUGGCUUGCUAUGACGAGCUCGAUUAUUGUGCGAGCUGAUUCAAUGAUCAGUGUGAAUUUCACUCAGCACGAGCGAAACCCGUGACUUGGGAAGCAUAGUGUAUGAGUGUUUUUAAAAUUGGUGUCGCAGCGGAAUUUCUUCGCAUUUUCCUUUCCCUUUUAUGAGUUUUGAUAAAGAGCCUCGUUUUAUGACUUUACUUUGUGUCGGUGCUCUCACAAUUGCCUGAGUAGCGCAGUGAAGAAACCAGGCUGUGAAGCCCACCAGCAUGGAUUCGGUUUCUGAUGAUGAGUCCUCUGAGGUGAUCGAAGAAAGCAGCACAGUUGAGCCUACUCCUACUUCAACUGACUCAAAUUUGAGACCGACAUCACCUCGUCACAGACUGCUUGACCCCGAACCUCCACGUUCAUCACAAGAAGAUGAAGAUGGCUUUUUUCGGGUGCCAGAUGAUGAUGUUGUCCCUAGUUCGUAUGUAGAAAAGAACAAAGUUGUGGCCAUCGAGAAAGCCCUUGCCUCUGACCCUGUGGACAUCAUGGCACUGAAGAAUCUGGCCAUCAGCCGCGGGGGUCUGGUCAACAAGAGCCUCAGACAACGCGUGUGGCCGUUGCUCAUCUGUGCCAACACCAACAAUGUCACCCCAAAGCCAUCCCAAGAGGAGAUGGAAGCGUGUAGCAAGACCUACAACCAAGUUGUGAUGGAUGUCAAUCGGUCAAGUAGUCGAUUCCCCCCAGGAAUUGAUGACACUGUGCGUAUGGCUGUAAAGGACAAACUGGUAGACCUCAUAAUGAGAGUCAUGCUAAAGAACAAACAGCUUAAGUAUUAUCAGGGCUUUCAUGAUGUUUGUAUCACAUUCCUCCUGUGCAUGGAUGAGGAUCUAGCGUUUGCGAUGGUGGAGAAGUUGGCAAUGUCAUAUAUGAGAGAGUACCUGGAUGAUACAAUGGAGAGAACUUCUCUUUUGCUUAAUACCAUCUACCCGCUGGUCAAUAAGUGCAAUCCUGAGCUGUGUGAACAUAUGCAACGAAAUGACCUUGGCACAAUCUUUGCUCUGUCUUGGGUCAUCACCUGGUUCAGCCAUGUCCUAGGGGACAUCAAGCGUAUCAUGAGAGUCUUUGACUUUUUCUUAGCCUCUCACCGGAUGAUGCCUGUGUAUCUGUCUGCAGCCUUUGUCCUCUAUAGGGAACAGGACAUAUUCGAUGCAGGAGAUGAAAUGGGCUAUAUCCACAAAUGUCUUUCAACAAUGCCCUCUGACCUUCCCAUUGAGUAUUUGUUAGAAAGAGCUGGGGAUCUUUAUCUUCAAUAUCCUCCAACAGAAAUCAGCCGGGAUCCAAUGUUGAUAAGACUUAACAGGGAGGUCUUUGAGCACUUCAAUCGCAUUGACAGCCAAAAUGCCCGACGAUUGGCUCGAGCAAAUAGUGACGCUAGAGGUCGGCUUUUUGUUCGGAUGACGAUGUGGACUGUGACUGCUGUGAUUGGUGUUGCCAUCGCUGUGUUAUAUCAUGCUUACAGCGAGAACGACUGGCAUCAUCUGGGUGCCUUGAGCCCAUUUUCUUCAUAGCACUUGCUUGUUUAAUAUGUCCACAUGCCUGCCAACAACUGUGAAUUUUUCUCUGGAACAAUGUUGCUACUUUUGCUCGUAAAUAUCUGCAAAUUAUUUAUUCUGUUCGGUCGGUCAAUUGUUUUGUAGAAAUUUACCUGUGCUGGAAAUAGACUGAUUUUCUAGCUUGAAUGUAAAGAAUGACAUCUUGUUUUUGCCUCUUUAUUUGUCCUGCUGUUUUGUUUUUUUUAAGCUUUCUUAAGAGGCUAGAAAUAGACACUGUGCUUUUCUCACGGAGGAAAAAGAGUGUCAAGCCCUGUAUCACGCUUAAUGUCUGAGUUACUGAGGCAGACAGAAUAUGUGAGUCAGCGUGGUGAAAUCAGGCACUCAUCAAAAUAAUGAAAGUGAAGAAAUUGGCAUUUUUCGUAGGUUUUGGGAAUUUUUAUCGAAUCUUUAUUUUUUUAGCUCAACAUCUUCCAUGUCAAUCUAAGAACACGUUUCUGUGUGGAUUGUACUGAAAAAUGUCAAUUAAAGGCAGAAAAAAUAUAAAUUUUCU